AUGGAUGUAGGACAAGAAUUUGAAUUUGGAUCAUCGACUGCAAGUUCGCCAACUUUGGAUGAGUUAUUGAAUUGUAAUUUCGAGUCUGUGCCGUCUGAAAUUGAGUCUACAAAAUUGGAAUCUAUAAAAUCCUGGUUACUCCAGGAUACUGGAUCGUCGACUGCAAGUUCGCCAACUUUGGAUGAGUUAUUGAAUUGUAAUUUCGAGUCUGUGCCGUCUGAAAUUGAGUCUACAAAAUUGGAAUCUAUAAAAUCCUGGUUACUCCAGGAUACUGGAUCGUCGACUGCAAGUUCGCCAACUUUGGAUGAGUUAUUGAAUUGUAAUUUCGAGUCUGUGCCGUCUGAAAUUGAGUCUAUAAACUUGGAAUCUAUAAAAUCCUGGUUACUCCAGGAUACUUCUAAUUUUCCAAGCAGUUUUCCAAGUUUAGAAGAUAAUACAAUAAUACAGGAUACAGAAGCAGUAACAAUAUCUACCAGCGUGGCUCCGGUGUUCCCCGAUAAUGGUGAUCUUAAUAAUAAUUGUGCUGCAGUACAGCAAUUAACAUCAUCGUCAAGUGGCUCUUAUUUCCAGCCAGCCGAGUCUAGCUACUCAGGAUAUAAUAUUAUUUCUCAACCAAACGAACAGCCAGUAGUGACUACAGAGGCUCAAGUUUUGGAGUCCGUGUUGGCGUCCGUGAAACUUGUUUCACCUCAGGAAGAAGCGAUUACAGCCCAGCCUGUGUUUGCAGCUAACAACAGUACCCAAUUAGCAGGAUGCUCCUCUACGAAAAGAAGAAAGCGAAACAAUGCAAAAAUUGAUUAUGAUACGAUCUUCUAUUGUAAGGAGUGUGAUCAGAAAUUCGGCCGUGUAGGCAGUUGGCGGCAGCACAACAACUCUCAGCAUUCCGAACUUCCGUUCGAAUGCACUAAAUGCGGCAAACGUUUUGGCACUCAGACGCAGCUAACGGUGCACAAACUAAAUCACACCGCAGCUAAACAAAAAUUUGCAUGCGACUAUCCCCACUGCACUCGUAGAUACGUCCACCGGAAAGAUUUACAACGUCACAAACAGAGUCAUGAGGGUUCAUAUGAGUUCAUAUGUGAUCUAUGUGGCUAUGGAUCAGCCCGUAAAGAUCACAUCCUUAAGCACAGGCUAACGGUACACAGAAACGGUAAAGUUCCACCAAAAGUACCCAAAAAAGGUGCAGCGCAGUAG